GCGAAACCGUAGGUGGGUUACAAUACCGAAACCCCGUGAAGCCCUUGUACUUUCUGUCUCACAUCUUGUGUUUUAAAACCGUCACCAGGGCGAGCUUCCUGCACGGCUUCUGGAGCGCGUGCGCCUGUCCCAUACCGGCCAUAUGACCAACCAGUACCUUGGGGCUGAGUGGCUAUAAUACGGCCAGAGCUACUCACCUUUCCUAUGAGCUUUGCUUUUUUCACUACUAUGGAGCUUUGCCCGCUUAGUUGCCCGGGAGCUUCGCUUUGACAUGACGGGAAACGGGGCUGUACCUUGCCACUAGUUUUGCUUGCUCUUCUGCCGGGAUCACUUUACCCUCUAUCUAGGGUGAUAUUGGUAUUGUUUUAAAAGCCCGUGUCGCUCGUUGUGUCUCUUUGAUACUGCCAGACUCAAUCAAUAUGCCACACUUACUCCACCACCACCACCACCACCACCGACGCCGCUACUCCUGGCCCUACUGCAACUCAGGGCAGCGCCUACGUGAGCGACGAAACCUCCCUAUUAUCACGAUACGGGGUCCACCUAAUCAAUAUGCAUCCCCUUUCUUAACCCCAGUGGUCUCAGAGGAUCUACUUGAAGACGACGUCGUCUCCGCAGGGAUCAUGCAUUCUCAGCCUCCACGACCCCUUUACCGACUCUGGUCCUCGUCUUCUUCUUCCUUCCCCGAAACCAGUCAUAUGGAGUACCAAAGUAGAGCUAAAGAUUCUAGCCCUGGGUCCGGGCUUGGGUGUGGGUGCGGGUCUCUUCGUCGAAUGACCCAGCCGCCAUUAGACAGGACUCGCUCCCUCCUCGUGUUACCAACGACACUUUCUGCAGGCCAGGCGAUGAUAUCACCAUACUGGAUUGAGAGACUUUCCGCCCACCCUAUGCCUCAUAGCAAUGGGCCAGGGAGAUUAGCAGAAGGCGAUGCUCGGGCCCGUCUAGCGGUAAACAGAAACCAUAGACGCUGUCACUCUGAGAGACCGCGUGCUUGGAAAGAGCCUAGUGAGAACUUGUGGACGCUUCAAGAGGAGUAAUACAUUGCCUAGUUAUGUACUUCUCUUAUUUUGUCAUUGACGAAUUACGUUUAUCGAUUCUUGUUUUCUCUUUAUCGGUUGGGGGGGGUAGUUUUUCUGCUUUGACAUCGAUCAGAAUGCAUAAUAAAUGAUAGGCAGGGAUAGAAAAGCAUAUAAAGUAGCCGAAUGGCAGG